AAAAGCAAAAGGAAGUUGAUGAAGAAGGAGCAGAAAGUGAUAAAAGAAAGCAAAAGAAAGUUGGCAAAGAAGGAGCAAAAAAGGAAAUUGGUAAAGAACGAGCAGAAAGUAAUAAAGAAAAGCAAAAAGAAGUUAGUGAAGAAAAAGCAGAAAAGAAAGUUGAUAAAGAAAAAGCAGAAAGUGAUAAAGAAAAGCAAAAGGAAGUUGAUGAAGAAGAAGCAGAAAUUAAUAAAAAAAUACAAAAAGAAGUUGAUAAAGGAAAGCAGAAGGAAAUUGUUAGUAUUUAUCAAUUAAUUUUAAGAAAAAUCAUAUUUACUGUUUCUAGUUGUCAAAAGUCCAAUAUCAGUGCAUCUGAUGUUAAUAAUCAAGAUCCUAAUACUGAUGAUAUUAAAAUUAUAAAGACUCUUACAAACACUGAAAAUCUUUCUACAACAUUUAUUAGAAUCAGAAAAACUAGAAGUUCAGAAGGAGGAAAGUGA